AGCUAGCAAGAACAAGAAAUCCAAUCUCAAACCCCAAGACCAAGAUAUAGAUAUGCUUUGGUUUAUGGGGUUCUAAAAAUGCGAUCAUAUCAUAUUCAACCACAGAAAGAAGAUCAAAUCCUUGUAGGAGAAUAUACACAAAGGAUCAUAGAAGAUCCAUUUUCCGGCAUGCCUGAAAUUACUACGACCAAGAAGAAGAAGAACAACAACAACAAGAGAAGGUUCAGCGACGAACAAAUCCGGUCCUUAGAAUCGAUGUUCGAAUCAGAGUCGAGGCUCGAGCCAAGGAAGAAGUUGGAGGUAGCUAAAGACUUGGGGUUACAACCAAGGCAAGUAGCUAUAUGGUUCCAGAACAAACGAGCUAGACGGAAAUCGAAGCAACUCGAACGUGACUACACCAUGUUACAAUCCAAUUAUGAUAAUUUAGCUUCCAAGUACGAGAGCUUAAAGAAAGAAAAACAAGCUUUAGCCUUUCAGUUGCAGAAGCUGAAGGAUUUGGUAAAGAAGCCAAAAGAGGAAGAUGAUGGUCAAUGUUGUGGAGACCAACAAGUUAUAACAAUGGAGGGAGAAGCUAUCAAGUCUGAUUCAGAGGAGCAGCACAGUUUUUCAAUGGAAAGAUCAGAGCAUGGACUUGGGGUAUUAUCAGAUGAUGAUAGUACUAUAAUGACAAGCUAUUUUGAACUAGAACAAGAGCCUACUAGUUUUAUAACCAUGGUGGAACUAGGACCAAGUCGUGAAGAUUGGCAUAGUUUUGAGACUGAUGGUCUUUUUGAUCAGUCUAGUAAUGGGUAUCAGUGGUGGGAUUUUUGGUCGUGAAACAAAUCAUAAAGCAUGGAGGAAAAAUGGAUGUAAAUAAUUUUUUCUUUUGUGUAAGCAUCCCAAUAGGGUGAUGAGGGCAAAGUAGCUUGUAUGGGAGAUGGGAGAGAGGGGUACAAUUUGAUUAUGUUAUCACUUGAAUUUUAGAUGAAAACUAGAGAUGUAUGAAUUCAUUAUCACUUUGGUCA